GUUGUGCAUCUAACAAUGAAUUUCCGACCAGACAAGUUCGUUAGGUCAGUCUUCUUUUACAGUAUAUUGUCUCUUCAAACUCUAGUUCCUGGAUCGCUUAAUCUCGAUCACUUGUUGUAUCAAAGGUUUCACGACUGGAAGUCCGACAAGACUUCCGAGUUGGAACACUCCGAGAGAACCGAAGUGACACGUGGAAUAUUCCGGAGAGCAAUAAGCUCAAUCUCCGACAAGUUCCACAGAAGCUCGGCGAUGAUCAAAAUGUUCAGACCAUCUUACAAGUCUUACUCGUUCAAAGAAGCUGUAUCGAAAGGGAUCGUUUCCACUCACGAGAUACUUGACCCACAAGGACCUUUCCUUCAGAGAUGGAACAAGAUCUUCGUUCUAGCUUGCAUCAUCGCUGUCUCUGUCGACCCUCUCUUCUUCUACGUCCCUGUCCUCGACAAGGCCAACAACUGCCUUGACGUCGACGACAGAAUGCAGACAACCGCAAGCGUUCUGCGCUCCAUCACCGACAUGUUCUACGCCAUUCACAUGGUCUUCCAGUUCCGUACAGGCUUCAUCGCUCCUUCUUCUCGUGUCUUCGGGAGAGGUGUUCUUGUUGAGGACAGGCGUGAGAUCGCUAGACGUUACUUGUCAUCGCAAUUCAUCGUUGACAUUCUUGCCGUGCUUCCUCUUCCACAGAUGGUGAUUUCGGUAAUCAUUCCGUGUAUCAAAAGAUCCAGGCCUUUGCACACGAAGAAUAUGUUGAAGUUCAUCGUCUUCUUCCAAUACAUACCGAGGUUUAUGAGAAUCUAUCCGCUCUACAAGCAAGUGACGAGAACCUCAGGGAUACUUACAGAGACAGCUUGGGCAGGAGCUGCUUUUAAUCUAUUCCUCUACAUGCUUGCUAGUCACGUGUUUGGUGCUUUCUGGUAUUUGUUCUCUAUCGAGCGCAAAACUGUGUGCUGGAAACAAGCUUGCAGCAAAAGAGGACUCUGCAAAAUAAGCUCGUUGUAUUGUCUUCCUCAGCAAAAUAAGAGGACUUUAGGAAACAUAACUUCCCUCAAUGAAGCUUGUCCGGUUCUGGAACAAAACACAACACGUUUCGACUUUGGGAUAUUCCUUGGCGCACUUGAUUCAGGUGUAGUGGAGUCUCAUGAUUUCCCUCAGAAGUUCUUUUACUGUUUCUGGUGGGGUCUUCAAAACCUCAGUUCGCUCGGUCAAAACCUUAAAACAAGUACAUACAUUUGGGAGAACUGUUUCGCUGUCUUCAUCUCUAUCUCCGGACUGGUUCUGUUCUCGUUCUUGAUCGGCAACAUGCAGACGUAUCUGCAAUCAACAACCACGAGGCUGGAGGAGAUGAGAGUCAAGAGAAGAGACGCAGAGCAAUGGAUGGCUCACCGUCUGCUCCCUGAGAAUCUAAGACAAAGAAUACGGCGAUACGAGCAGUACAAAUGGCAAGAGACAAGAGGCGUUAACGAAGAGAAUCUUCUUAGUAACCUUCCUAAAGAUCUUAGACGCGACAUCAAACGCCAUCUCUGUCUCGCCCUUGUCAUGCGGGUCCCUAUGUUUGAGCAGAUGGACGAGCAGCUUCUUGACGCUCUCUGUGACCGUCUGCAGCCUGUGCUGUACACAGAGGAAAGCUACAUCGUCAGGGAAGGAGAUCCUGUGGAUGAAAUGCUCUUCAUAAUGCGUGGGAAGCUUCUAACAAUGACAACAAACGGUGGAAGAACAGGCUUCUUUAACUCAGAGCAUCUUGGAGCUGGCGAUUUCUGCGGUGAGGAGCUUCUGACCUGGGCUUUAGACCCACACACGUCCACAAACCUCCCAAUCUCAACGAGAACCGUUCAAGCUCUCAUGGAAGUCGAAGCUUUCGCACUCAAAGCUGACAACCUCAAAUUCGUGGCUUCUCAGUUCAGACGUCUCCACAGCAAACAGCUGAGACACACUUUCAGGUUCUACUCUCAGCAAUGGAGGACUUGGGCUGCUUGCUUCAUACAAGCCUUUUGGAGAAGAUGCGUGAAGAAGAGACUAGAGGAGUCUCUUAGAGAAGAAGAGAACCGGUUGCAAGACGCUUUGGCUAAAGAAGCUUGUGGAAGCUCCCCAAGCUUUGGUGCUACCAUGUACGCGUCACGGUUUGCUGCAAAUAUCUUGAGGACUGUACGUAGGAGCGGUUCGGUACAUAAACCGAGGAUGCUGGAACGAAUGCCACCUAUGGUUCUACUUCAGAAACCAGCAGAACCAGAUUUCUAUAGUGAUGGUUAUAUGCAUAUAGUGCCAAUAUAUAAAAAUAGAAGUCUUUAA